ACUCUCCUAUAAGUAGCCCUUUUAGCUUCCAGUACUACAGUAGCCUGCCCCCAUAUCCAUUCACUUGGUUGGUUUCCUGACAUUGGGAAUUGGACCAAGAAUGGAAUCUCAGGACAAUAAGAAAUCUCAUGAAGAGAAGCAGGAGGAGGUGAAGAUCAAGGGAGAUGAUAAGAGAAAGAAACUUGGAGGCAUUAAAGCAACUCCAUUCAUCCUUGCAACUGAAAUAUUUGACAGAUUCUCUACCAUUGGUUUCCAUGCCAACAUGAUAACGUACCUUACUCAGCAGCUGAACUUGCCUCUUGUAAGGGCCUCUAACAUUGUCUCAAACUUCGAUGGAACCUCCAGCUUAACACCUUUGAUCGGUGCUUUGAUUGCUGACUCAUUUGCUGGCCGAUUUUGGGCCAUUAUCGUUGGUUCCAUUAUCUUUGAACUGGGAUUAAUUAGCUUCACCACAACAGCACUACUGAAAUCACUACAUCCUCCACCUUGUCCAACGCUUGUGGACUGCAAAGAGGCUUCGAAUUUCCAACUAAGCACCCUCUACUUGUCUCUACUCCUCUUAGCUAUUGGCUUGGGUGGAACUAGGCCUUGUGUUAUGACCUAUGCCGCAGACCAAUUGGAUAUGAGCAAAUCAAGCGUCGAAUCUCGAAGCUGGAACUUUUUCAAUUGGUACUAUUUUAGCUUGGGAUUAGCAAGAGUAACAGCAGUGAGUGUUGUGGUCUACAUACAAGAUAAUGUGAGUUGGGGGUGGGGUCUUGGAAUACCUACUAUCGCCAUGGGUAUAGCUUUCAUUGUCUUUCUAGCUGGUUCUCCGCUUUAUAAGAAGGUGAAACCAGGAGGAAGCCCAUUGGUCAGAGUAACUCAAGUGAUUGUUUCUGCUAUAAGGAAGAGAAAAGCUGUGGCUCCAGAAGAUUCAAGUCUCUUGUACCAAAACAAAGAACUUGAUGCUGCUAUAUCUGUACAUGGAAGGCUUUUACACACCCCUCAGUUCAAGUGGCUUGAUAAAGCAGCAGUAAUGAAGGAUGGUGAAGCAACAGAUUCCAACCCACCAAAUCCAUGGAAGAUAGCAACCGUGCAUCGAGUAGAGGAGCUAAAAUCCUUUCUCAGAUUGCUUCCAGUUUGGGCAGCAGGGAUUCUACUUGUCACAGCUAAUUCACAUAGUGGCAGCUUCAAUACUCAACAGGCUUGGACUAUGAAACGUCAUCUGUCAAAUUCCUUCCAAAUUCCACCAGCUAGCAUGUCCGCCUUCGCUAUCCUGACCGGGAUGAUAGGGCUCGUUCUCUACGAACGCCUCUUCGUGCCCUUUGUGCGAAGAUUCACAGGAACCCCUGCAGGCAUCACAUACCUACAAAGAAUGGGCAUAGGCCUAAUCUUCAACAUUCUCACGUCAAUUGUUUCAGCAUUGGUUGAGAAAAAGAGAAGAACAGUGGCAGAGCAUCAUAACUUAUUGGAUAACCCUAAAGCCAUUGUUCCUAUAAGUGUAUUCUGGCUAGUUCCUCAGCUUUCCCUUCAUGGAAUAUCAGAAAUCUUCAUGACUGUUGGACAGUUGGAAUUUCUCUAUGAUCAAUCCCCAGAAAGCAUGAGAAGCAUUGCUUUAGGGUUAUUUUGGAUAGCAAAUUCUAUGGGAAAUUACUUGGGCACAUUUAUGGUGUCAUUAGUUCAUAAGUACACAGGCCACAAGAACAAUUGGUUACCUGACAGGAACCUUAAUAGAGGAAAGCUGGACUAUUAUUAUUGGCUUGUAACAGGCAUCCAAUUAGUAAAUUUUGUGUAUUUUGUAAUUUGUGCCUGGUUUUACAAUUACAAACCCUUGGAAGAAGACAUGGAAGCAGAUUUUAAAGCAUCUGAAGAUGGUGCUGCAGGGAAUUGAGAGGUAGAACUUGGUACAGCUGAAAAGGUUUACAAUUGUUGAUGAUAUUAUUUCAUUGUAAUUGUACUGUACAACAUCAUACCUCGUUUGCCUUCACCUACUUUCUGUGAAGACAUUCUUCCAUGAAUUAAGUUGCAACUACAGUAUCUUUGAUUGAAUUAUAAAAUAGAUUAAUUUAUUGAGUUA